CUUUACGCAAUCUGGCCACACUCGCCAUUAGUCAUUUUUUUACACAAUAAACGUAAAUUAAGCGAAUUUGCAAGCGCUAUUUGGAAGUAUUUAGCGACAUCGAACAGAUAUAAGCAGCCCGAAAGAUAUUUGGAGAAAAGCGAAAAGGUUUCUGCAGGAGGAAGGACACACAAGCGGGCUUUCAGACGCCGUGACGCACCGAAAAUCGAUUGGACAGGAAAAACAAUAGGGAAACCAGACAAAGAUCAACUGAUUUGGAUUUUAUUGACCCCGGGGCAACGCAAAUUAUUGGCAGGUAGCUGAGCGUGCGGUUUGGUCAUAAAGAUGGGAAUCUUUGGGCAGUCGUCGCCAUUCGACGCCGACGUGGAAAAGGCCACCAGCGAGACCAACACCAACGACAACUGGUCUCUGAUUUUGGAUGUGUGCGAUAAGGUAACGACCAAUCCCCGCUUGGCCAAGGAAUGCCUAAAGGCGGUGAUGCGCCGCAUGGGCCACACCGAUCCCCACGUGGUGAUGCAGGCGAUUACGCUGCUCGAUGCCCUGUCCAAUAACUGCGGAAAACCCCUCCAUUUGGAGGUGGCUUCACGGGAUUUUGAGACCGAGUUUCGCCGUCUCUUGGGCAAAGCUCAGCCCAAGGUUUCCCUGAAAAUGCGUCAAGUGCUGAAGAACUGGGCUGAGAACGACUACAAGAAUGAUCGAGAGCUCGACUUGAUACCUGCGCUCUACACCAAGCUGCGCCUAGAGGGAUACGAUUUCAAGAACUUGGGCGAUAAGACCAGCAAGACUGUGGCCGAGAAGGCGGCCGCCCUGCCCAAGGAUCCGAAUGUGGUUAGCAGCCAGCAGGAGGAGGACGACAUCGCCAAGGCCAUCGAAUUAUCGUUAAAGGAGAACAAGGGCAGUCCCAAAACCGGGAGUGGAGCAAGUACCGGCACCGCCAGUGCCUAUCCCUCGUUGUAUCCAUCUUUCGCUGGAACCGGUUCUAGUGCCCCGAGCGGCGAGGCCAGCUCCGCUCCUGCGCCAGAGCCGAGAAAGGUUCGAGCUCUUUACGACUUCGAGGCUGCCGAGGAAAAUGAAUUGACCUUCUUUGCCGGCGAGAUCAUUCAUGUGCUGGAUGAUAGCGAUCCAAACUGGUGGAAGGGAUACAAUCAGCGCGGCGAGGGUCUUUUUCCCUCGAACUUUGUCACUGCCGAUCUGUCCGUCGAUCCCGAGCGCCUGGACAUCAAUCAGCAGCAUAAGUCGGCUGCCAAUGCCGGGCAACGAGAGUUGGAUUCCGCUGCGGCACUGCAGCAAAAGACUGAAGCGGCAGCUGCUGCCGCCGCAGCUCAGCCCGUGGAGAUCGACGAGUCAAAGAUCGACCGGCUGCUGCAUCUGCUGCACGAGGCCAAUCCCGAAGAUCCCUCGCAGGACAGCGACGAAAUGCUGCAGCUGGAGCAGGAGGUCCAUCAGAUGGGUCCGCUGAUCGACGCCGAGCUGGAACGCGUCGACCGUAAGCACGCUCAACUGACACAGCUGUCCAGCGACCUUGUGGACGCCAUUAAUCUGUACCAUACCUUGAUGCGGGACGAUCGGGCUGCUGCUGGUCAUUUUGCCGCCACUGCUGGCGGCUUCAUGCCUGGACUGGCUGGGUUUCCGGGUGCCGCUCUGUACGGUGCUCCUGGUUAUCCAGCAGCAGGUGGUUUCCCACAGGCCCAAAACUACCCGGGCAUGCACUCGAUGCCAUAUGGCCCCGUACCAAAUCCUCCCACUUCUGCUCCACCGCAGGCCCCUGGAGCUCCUGGUGGUUAUCUGGGUCAACCAGCGGGACAGGUGUCACUGCCCUAUCAGAACGGUCAUGCCGCACAGAUGAACUCGCUGCCAACCCAUUUGACCCAACCAACUGGCACUGCUCCUUUGCCCCAGCCAAUUUACACUCAGCCCACACCCGUGACCACCCAACAGCAACCGCAGCCACUACCCCAGCAUCCUCAGCAGCCGCCGCAGCAGCAACCACAGCAGCCACCACAGCAUCCCCAGAACAGCUACCACAUCGACCCCCAGUCGCAGUACGCCCAAGUUCCGCCCGCAGUCACACAAAUCCAGCAGACGCAACAGCCACCGGCUCCUCAUGCUUACAUGUCGCCGCAGCAUCAGCAGGCACCGCCGCCACAGGGAUACCAGCCAGGACCAAAUCUCUAUGCACCGAACGGAUCGCCGGCUGUCGUUAACCCCCAGAGCUACAUGUCCCCACAGCAGCAUCAGCAACAGCACCCACCACCACACGAUCAGUUCAGUCAGCUACACCAGCAGAUGGCCGCCAUGUCCAUGGCUGGUGGCCCGCCAGUUGGGGCGCCUGGCUAUCACAUGCAGAACGAUGCUGUCAAGAACAACAUUCCUAUCUACCAGCAGCAGCGGUAAGACCGCUGGAAUAAAACAGAGACCUUCGCUUGGUUCGCUUUGGAUUGCCCAAACAACUUUGAACUUUGUGUGCGUUCUGUCAAAAGGAUACAAACGAGUAUGUUAGUUUCAGAUUACUUCCCGAAGAACGGAAGUUUUCAAAUCUCUGCUAUGUAUAUUCUGAGGGCCGAGAAAAGCAAUUGUCAGUGAACCAAAAAUGUCGACUAUCCUUUAAAAUAAUGAGAGAAGCCAAAUUAAUUUCAAGUGUAUCCUUACGAUUUUGCUUUCUUUAUAUUCUAUAACACACCAUUUUGGCCAACGAAAUGAUAUAUUUUUUGGAAAUAAGGUAAACAAGUCGAAAAAGAUAUAUAUACCAUAUAAAUAAUCUGUAUUCAACACCACGUAUAACUUUGUAUUUAGUGCAGGGGAGAUAACUAUUAUGUAUUAUGUUUAUUGUACGGAUAAAUCUAACGAAACGAAUCACAUUCAUUAAAAUCAUAAAAUAUACUAAGUAAA